CCUUUGCAGCUUCGCUCUUCCAAUAAUCAUGUCGAGCAACAAAGGAAAAGAUGUCGUAGAAGCAUCAUCUUCUUCUGCUAACAAUUCUGCUUCUGGCGAUGAUCCUCAUCAAACGCAGAAGCAGCAGCCACCGGCUCAGCUGAGCCGGUACGAGUCACAGAAGAGGAGGGAUUGGAACACCUUCGGGCAGUACUUGAGGAACCAGAGACCCCCGGUAGCUCUUUCGCAGAGCAACUCCAACCAUGUCCUAAAUUUCCUGAGGUACUUGGAUCAAUUUGGGAAGACCAAGGUGCACUUACAAGGGUGUGUGUUCUUCGGGCAGCCUGAACCUCCUGGACCUUGCACCUGUCCGCUUAGGCAAGCUUGGGGCAGCCUAGAUGCACUGAUCGGACGCCUCAGAGCUGCUUAUGAGGAGAAUGGUGGGUUGCCUGAAACAAACCCCUUUGCAAGUGGAGCUAUCAGAGUGUACCUGCGUGAAGUGAGAGACUCUCAGGCCAAGGCAAGAGGGAUUCCGUACAAGAAGAAGAAAAAGAAGAGGAAUCUGAUCAAGGCCAACCAUGAUCACACUAGUAAUCCAAACUUCACCACCAUGCAGCAGCGAUCUUAAUCGACCUACCUCACAACAGUUAAUGGUGCAAGUACGUGAGGCGCGCUACAUGUUUCUCCUCCGCUCAAUCUAUAUAAUGAAUUAAUGGUCGUACCCUAUUGUCAAUUUCAGGCGCAUAAACCCAAAUGCACCAUGGAUGAAGCUGGCCUUGGAGCUCUACUGCUCUGGAUAUAUGGCAAUACUCAACUCCAUGCAUAUGCCAUCUUUGAUCAAGUCGACCCUCUUGUUUAUUUCAUUUAAAAUAGCACUUGUUUAUUACUAUUUCUAUGAGAAUUAAAUCGUGAAGUGUCGGUAAAGAUGAAGCUGCAGUGGAUAUGAGCAAGUAAGUUCCCCUUAAAACUUUCUUGUAGGCUAUUUACUAUUUAGUCAGCGAAUGAAUGUCAUAUAUACGAUUAAGUUUAUCUUCACGAUGAACAUAUCACCAAAUCUCUCCAUUAAUGCAAGAAUUGUGCUUAAAUUGUUCCU